ACCACUUCCGGCAGUCGCUGCGCUGCUGGGGGGCGCGGGCGAGGAUGGCGGCGGAGAACGAGGCUAGUCAGGAGAGCGCCCUGGGCGCUUACUCGCCCGUGGACUACAUGAGCAUCACCAGCUUCCCGAGGCUGCCGGAGGACGAGCCGGCGCCCGCGGCCCCUCUGAGGGGCCGCAAGGACGAGGACGCCUUCCUGGGAGACCCCGAUACCGACCCGGACUCCUUCCUGAAGUCUGCGCGGCUGCAGCGGCUGCCUUCCACGUCGUCGGAGAUGGGCAGCCAGGACGGGUCGCCGCUGCGGGAGACACGCAAGGACCCGUUCUCCGCGGCAGCGGCUGAGUGCUCCUGCCGCCAAGACGGGCUCACGGUCAUCGUCACGGCCUGCCUCACUUUUGCCACGGGUGUCACUGUGGCGCUCGUCAUGCAGAUUUACUUCGGGGACCCUCAGAUCUUUCACCAGGGUGCGGUGGUGACUGAUGCUGCCCAUUGCACAUCACUGGGCAUCGAGGUGCUCAGUAAACAGGGAUCUUCCGUGGAUGCCGCUGUGGCAGCAGCCCUGUGUUUGGGGAUCGUGGCUCCACACAGUUCUGGCCUGGGCGGUGGCGGCGUGAUGCUGGUACAUGACAUCCGACGAAAUGAGAGCCACCUAAUUGAUUUCCGGGAGUCUGCACCAGGGGCCCUCAGGGAAGAGGCCCUGCAGAGAUCCUGGGAAACCAAGCCUGGGCUCUUGGUGGGGGUCCCCGGAAUGGUGAAGGGGCUACAUGAAGCUCACCAGCUCUAUGGCAGGCUGCCAUGGUCCCAAGUCCUGGCCUUCGCAGCAGCUGUGGCCCAAGAUGGCUUCAACGUGACUCAUGAUCUAGCCCGUGCCCUGGCUGAACAGCCUCCACCCAAUGCAUCUGAGCGUUUCCGUGAGACAUUCCUGCCUUUGGGCCACCCGCCACUACCUGGCUCACUGCUGCGUCGGCCUGACCUGGCCACAGUGCUGGAUGUGCUGGGCACCUCUGGCCCCGCCGCCUUCUACGCAGGAGGCAACCUUACACUGGAGAUGGUGGCUGAGGCUCAGCAUGCAGGUGGUGUCAUAACUGAGGAGGACUUCAGCAACUACAGUGCCCUCGUGGAGAAUCCUGUGUGUGGUGUAUACAGAGGCCACCUGGUUCUCAGCCCCCCACCCCCGCAUACAGGGCCUGCUCUCAUCAGUGCUCUCAACAUCCUCGAAGGCUUCAAUCUCACCACCCUGGUGUCCCGGGAGCAGGCUCUUCACUGGGUGGCAGAGACCCUGAAGAUCGCGUUAGCCCUGGCCAGCAGACUAGGAGAUCCUGUCUACGAUUCUACCAUCACUGAGAGCAUGGAUGACAUGCUCAGCAAGGUGGAAGCCGCCUACCUCCGGGGCCACAUCAAUGAUUCCCAGGCAGCUCCUGCUCCACUCCUGCCUGUCUAUGAGCUGGACGGGGCUCCCACGGCUGCCCAGGUGCUGAUCAUGGGCCCUGAUGACUUUAUCGUGGCCAUGGUCAGCUCCCUGAACCGGCCCUUUGGCAGUGGCCUCAUCACUCCCUCCGGGAUCCUGCUCAACAGCCAGAUGUUAGACUUCUCCUGGCCCAACAGGACUGCUAACCACUCUGCUCCCAGCCUGGAGAAUUCGGUGCAGCCAGGGAAGCGACCACUGUCUUUCCUGCUGCCCACUGUGGUCCGGCCGGCAGAGGGGCUCUGUGGGACCUACCUCGCACUGGGGGCCAAUGGAGCUGCCCGAGGCCUCAGCGGCCUGACCCAGGUUUUGCUGAAUGUCCUGACCUUGAACCGGAACCUGAGCGACAGCCUGGCCCAUGGCCGUCUGCAUCCAGACUUGCAGUCUAACCUCCUGCAGGUGGACAGUGAGUUCACAGAGGAAGAGAUUGAGUUCCUGGAAGCCAGGGGUCACCAUGUGGAGAAGGUAGAUGUCUUAUCCUGGGUCCAUGGCAGCCGGAGAACCAACAACUUCAUCAUUGGUGUGAAGGACCCUCGGAGCCCAGAUGCAGCUGGAGCCACCAUCCUGUAGAGCAGCAGGGUGGGGCGGGGGUCUCUGCUCCCCCCCUUUGCAUGUUCCUAGAGUCCCUCCUUCUCCCAGGUUUGGUCUCAGGGGGACCCCAAGGAUGCCCCAGAUCAUGGGCCAGAGGGGAUGCUUAACAAACCCUAUCCCAGAGUAACUGGAAAACUCUCUAUCCAGAGGCCUGUGGUGGUGGUGGUGAUGGUACUGGUGGUGGUGGUGGUGGCGGCGGUGGUGGUGAGUGUCAGUGUCCACAACCAGGAAGACAGGGCCUUGAGGAGUCAGACUAUCUGCCUCCUUUCCCUCAGCCAUGCUGGCCCUGAGCUUAGAGAUGUGCUUGCAAACCCUUCUCAAGGGUCCUCACAACCCCAACAUCUCCAGUCUGGCCUGACCUGGACCUUGUCUUCCAGCUUCCUUCCCCUGUCCCCAGCCUCAUUUCUUAAGUGACUAGGCUUUUUAAAUGGACCAUCCUGGGGAGAGGGUGCUCCUCUCUUCCUCCCACCAAGUUGAGGUGGGGCCUUGCAUCUGGGGGGCCCCAAGUUGUGGGUAGGGGUGGGGGUGGGGACCAGCUCAGGGGCUUCCAUUUGCAAAGGGGAAUUAAAGAAAGACUAUUGCUUAA